AUGGCAGACCAAAUAUCCAUUUUUUCUCGCGAAUUCUACGAAGUAAAGCAAACUGUUGAAUACUUAUGGGUGUAUAACUUAUCGUAUGCCACAACUACUCAAGAAAUUGUCGACUAUUUUGAACAACUGGUAGGGCCGAUUGAGUUUUUCGCCAUGUACUUGGACAAGGGCGCCGAUUUCUUAUGCAAAGCUGAAAUUAUUUUCCAUCGCGCAGAGGACGCCCGCAGAGCUCUCCUACUCUACGACGGAACACAGUUUGAUGGUCGUCAAAUGGUUCUAAAACUCCUUGUGGACGGACGUCAAAUUCACCCCGAACAAAUCGUGUUCCCUGGCUCAGUCAACCGCUUGCCAGUUGUUUUAGAGGAGCGACUUUUACCAGAUGACAUUACCCGGGAUUUUCCAAAUGAUACGAACUUUGACCAGUCCAGUUGUGAAGGAACAGACAUGACGAUCCUAAUUUGGAGAAGGCCAUACCCACCAUCCGAUAGCUCUAGGGUAAAUGAUGACUACUACUGCUUGCUUGUUUCUAACUUGCAAUAUUCUGUCAAAGGAGAACAGCUGCUAGAAUUUUUUGAGAAGAUGGCAGGGCCGGUUAAAUCCGUCGGUAUGUACCUUAAUGACAAAAGCUUCUUGUGCGGUAAAGCUGUAAUAGUUUUCCGCCAUCCCAGAGACGCUCAAAAAGCUCUAGUUUGCUGCAAUGGAACAGUUCUAAAGGGUCGUCUUAUUUAUCUUAAACUUUACGUGAACGGCCAACGCUUACGCGCCAAUCAGAUUGUUCUUCCAGAAUCAAGUUCCGCAGAGGAUUGGAUUUAUCCGCAUGUACCUUUUGUUUCUUUGCCGUCGCCAAACUGUAUGACUGAAUAUUUUCCUGAUGAACCCAUUCUUGGUCCAUUCACCAUGCCCACCACCAAAGAAGGAAUAGAACAGAGACCAAUCCAUCCUCAGGGGCCAGGCUAUCCACCUUUCCUGCCGUUGGUAUUUGUCAAGGAUUGCGUCCGACCAUACGAGGCACCUGUCUUUGAAUAGGUCAAGAAAGCAAAAUUUGAUUUCACUUAAAUAAAGCACAAAAUUUUGUAUGCCGUACCUGAAUAAGGUUUGGUAAGA